AUGGUUCCCGUGUCAAUAACCGAGCCGGCCGUGCGGUCGUUCCUAUUCUACUCAGGUGUUUUAGGAUUAAAAGUGUUGUCUAUGGCAUUUCUGACAGCCAGACAGAGGAUGAAGAAGAAGGUGUUCGCGAAUCCCGAGGACGCGGCUGCAAAGAAAUCGGCGGUUGUUAAAUUUGACGACGAAGAUGUGGAGAGAGUGAGACGCGCGCAUUUGAACGACCUUGAGAAUAUUCCCCUUUUCUGGGUGCUCGGCGGGUUGUACCUGACAACUGGACCGUCUGCGGCCACAGCUAUAACAUUAUUUAGAGUAUAUACUGCGGGACGUAUCCUACAUACAAUUGUCUAUGCUGUAACACCCUUACCACAACCAGCGCGAGGCAUUGCUUUUGGCGUUCCCAUGAUGAUUACUUUGUAUAUGGGAGUUACGGUGGCGUCACACUAUUUAAGCGCCUUUUAA